GUGGAUAAGUAAGACAGGAAUCCGGGACCAUGAAAAUCACGUUUAUCCAUCCAUAAUUCCCAUGCCUACAGCACCAGGAGGCGGGGGAUGAAGGUUAUACAGACUACAGAUCUGGUGAAUCAGCUCCUAUGGAGCUGGUUUCAAACAGCCCAAGAAACCAUUACACUCCUGUUGCAAUUUGCAGAAUACCAAGCCCAGAGGUUAUUUCAACAUCUUUCCAAUAACCGCCUACUGCAAUUGAUUCCAUGUUGGAGAUGCUUUUUCAGAAUGAAAGCUCAGCUCACAGCACUCCAAGAAAAGGAUCAAAGAGAGAGAGAAGAUGCUAAUCAGAAGAAUCGCCCUACAAAUCAGCCAAGGGAAGAUGGUACAGGGAGAACAUCAGGGCCUUCUAAGUCUAUUUACGGCUUGUUUGACAAUGACGGGCGGCUAGAUGUCUUUAAUAUGCGGAAGCUGGUCUAUGAGAGAGGAACACAUCCCAGUGAAAGAAAAAUCACCUGGAAGUUCCUAUUUGGUGUGUACCCUGAGAAAUCCACAACUGAAGAGAGGAAGGAGCUGGAUCGGCAAAUGGCUUCCCAGUAUCAAUGGAUGAAGCAUUCAUGGAAACAGCGCUUCCCCUGGGCUGCCACCAUGAGGACCCAGUGUGACUUUGAACUUUCCUUGGCCAUCCAGAAACACAAUGAAGAUCAGAGGGAAAUGGAAGCAGCCAAUCCACCUACAGAUAUCUACAGUGAGAAUAGUGCAUCCUUCCAAUACGUUAAUGAACAACAGUUCCAAAAGGCACUGAGAGACAUUGAUGCUGACAUUCCCCGGACUGACCGACACCGGACUUUCUUCCAACGUGAAGGGCUAGUGAAGCUGCUUUACCUCCGAGAUAUUCUCAUCACGUUUGCAGCCUUUCACCAAGAGAUUGGAUACUGCCGGGGGAUGCAUUACUUUGCUAGCCGCUUCUUAGAGACCCUGGACAGUGAGACAGAGGCAUUUUGGUGCUUUGUAGGAUACAUGCGACGGUCUGCAUGGGGCUUCACCACCACGGGUGUCCGUCGGAAGAUACAAAUCUGCGAGGAACUUCUGAAGCACGUGGACCCCGAGCUCUAUGAUCACAUUGAGAACGUCUCCAAGGAAAAGCUGCUCUUCUGCCUCAGGUGGCUGCUGCUGCUUUUCCAGAAGGACUUAGAACACUCAGAUGCUGUGAGAGUCUUGGAAAUCAGCGCUUUGGAGUCUGGAAAGAUGAACUUUGGUGCCUGGAUAUGGCGGACACGCAGGGAAGGUGUGGCGGCACCAGCUCCUAUCACCUCCGUGGAUCGGGAUGAGAUUACGUUUGAAGUGUUACUUUGCAUUGCAGUCCUAAUCCAGAACCGGAAGCAGCUGCUUCAAUACCAGGAUGUCAAUGACUUUUUCCUAUUCACACAAAGGAUGCAAGGCAGACUUCAGCUGAACAUGCUGCAUGGGGAUGAGCGGCCAUGAACGUCGUGUGCCAGGAAAGCAGGGCUCUGUUCUAGACGCUGACAAGAACAUCCUGGUGGGGGGGGUAGGGAAAUGAGCUUGAGCACCCUCUGCUGGACGAAAUGAGAUAACAGCUUCUUGAGAACUACUUCCAAUUGAAGUUAUAAAACGUAACAAGUUAAUAUUUUGUCUAGGCCUCUUAAUAAGUGAACAAAGAACUUCAGACAUCUUUUCACAUAAAAAUCUGUACCUUACAACACAG